AUGCCACGUGAAGGAACGCGAUCUGCCACCGGCAACUCCAAGCCGCGCGUUUUCCAGACCAUUGACACUGCGCCUGCUAUCAAGCGCAGCACUAAACCCAAGGCGAAGAAGUCGCCCACCGCCACCAAGCCUCCGGCUAAGGUAAAGGCCGCGAAGCCUACUGGUGUAACCAAGAAGACAGCUGCGCCUAAGAAGGAAGGAGUCGCAACAAAGGUUAAGGCUGCUGUCAAGAAAGCAGAAGAGAAAGUAGAGAAGCCUGAAAAGGCUGAGAAGGCUGAGAAAGCUAAGAAGCCUGCCCCCAAGGCCAAAACUGCUGCCGCUGCUGCCAAAUAG